AAUAGAACUGCCCCUGACUGCAGCCCGACUCUCCUACACCCCAGCUCUCAUUCUACUUUCGGUUUACUUUUUUUGAGACGUAGCAUUUAAUCCGACACCAACUCGCCAUUUGCAGCAGAAUUAUCUCUAAACACUCGUGAAUCAUGAAGCUUCUUCUCUCUAUUGUGGUUUUUGUUGCGUUGGGCUGCAGUUCACUGGCUAAACAGUCUGACCCCAAGGUCCAGGUGUACAGCUACAGCCCUGGUGAAUUUGGCAAAGAGAACAUCCUGAUUUGCCAUGUGAGCGAAUUCCACCCUCCAGACAUCAGCAUUAAUCUUCUGAAGAAUGGAAUUGAGAUCCCCAACGCCAAGCAGACAGACCUGGCUUUUGAACAGGGCUGGAAGUUCCACCUGACCAGGAGCGUUUCCUUCACACCUCAGAAGAACGAGGAGUAUGCCUGCAGGGUCACGCACAUGGGCAUCGGCAAAAACUUUGUUUGGGAGGCAGACAUGUAAUCAAUGAAGAAGCUGGGGUAUAAGCAAUUUUGAUGAUGUAGGAAAAACAAGUACACUGUUAGGAGUUUAUCCUGUAUUGGAAAUAUGAAACUACUCUGAAAGUGGGUCUAAAAUACAAAUUCUGGCCACAAAUGUUAACCCAUAUGUCCCACCAUAUUCAAUAGAGUUCAGGUAACAUCUAUAUGUUAUGGACUUUAAUAAUGGAACCAGCAGUCUUACUACAUCACCUUAUGCAGAUUUAAGAUAGAUAGGUAGAUAUAGAUAGGUAGAUAUAGAUAGGUAGAUAUAGAUAGGUAGAUAUAGAUAGAUAGAUAGAUAGAUACUUUAUUCAUCCCGAAGGAAAUGUAGGAAAUGCUGCCAUUUGAUUUUGUUUGUCAGAAUUUCCCAGUUUCAUGUAAGAACUUCAAGUGGAAUACCCCCUUAAGUAACAUUUCCUACUUGGAAAAUAGGGAGAGCACCACCAACCCAGAUUUCACAAUCCAACAUGCCUGCCCCACAUAAUAAUUUACCAUUACUUAUAUUUGUUUGUGUCUCAUUAAAUCAAUGGUACACACAGUACUGUCAAGUUUUUAAGUGUGGACAUUGCUAUCGCUAACAACUCUAACCUGGAACAAUGCUAACAGUGGUAAACUAGGAUGUAAAAGGUAAUAGAUAUAUUAGGUGGGAACUAAGCAACAAAAACAAUAAGGUAUUUUUGGUUUGUUUGUGUUUGCUAAAAACUUUGAACCAGAUGAAUGUAAUUUAAAUUGUGUGUAUUGCAAAUAUUUGUCACAUUUUAUUCAGUAGUAUAUAUUUAGUACAUUUAUUUAUAUAUUUUUUUAAAACCAAAGAGAUAUAUUCAUGAUAAUAUAUAAUAAUAUAUAAUAUAAUAUAAUAUAUGAUCACACACUGGAAUGUGGCAGAUAUAGAUUAAAACAUUACAUAGAUCAUCACAAUCAUGGUAAAAUUAGGGUUUUAAUCUAGAUUUAAAACCAGACAAGAAAGGUGAGGACCUAUUGUCCAGUGGUAUACCUACUUACUUACUGGUUACAGUAGUAUAGUUAAGAUAAAAAGAAACAGCAUGUUUAUCACCUUUUCUUGUGGUCACAGAAACAAUUUAAUCAACAAUUUAAUCUUAUCAAUUGAUCUAAGAAGUGGAAGUGGAUACUUUAACAGUUGCGUUCAAAUAUUAAGAUUCUUUACCUGAGGCCUCACGUAGGCAGUAUCUAAUGCUGUUAUGGUGUAUACCCAUCCCUAAAAAUGUUUCCAUACAAAUAACAACCAUUUACAUUUACAGCACUUUAAUUGUAUGGGUCUUUAAAAUCUAAAUAUGUGUUGACUGUUACAUUUGAACAAGAAAUGAGAGAAAUCAUUUAGUCAUUGUAAUCACUGACGAGCGAGCGUCAUGGUUUAGAUCAUCCUGCUGUGCUUGAUGUUGCAAUUUGACGUAUUAACACUACUUACUGAUAGAUAACUUUCUUUGGCGCACAAAUUAUGUUCAUAUGUCUGUGAUGGGAUUUUUCUUUCAUAAUCUUACUUUGUAAUUUCAAGGUUAAUGGCACUACUUUAAUGUGGUUAUGAAUGCUACUGAUGUUUUAAAUACUUUUAAGCACCAAGUUUAUCUACUAUACAAUUGAGGCCUUCCAAGAAAACAAAUUAUAGUUUAAAAUUAGGUUAAUUUCUUUUCUAGGUUUUUUUAUUUUAAGUGUCUUUAUGGAUAAAGAAAUAUAUCUCUAAAUUAAGCACAUUUUAGUUGUUAAUGUAAAAAAUAUUCCUCCCAAAAGGGAGAUAUGUUUAAUACAUGGCUUUUUGUUGGAAGGGCUCAAUUUAAUUUAAUUAAACUAAGAAAAUAAAUAUUUUUUUAUUACUGGGGUAAACUUACACUAUGUUUUUAGUUUCUAUGACCUGUGAUCUGUGCCAAGUAACACUUUCUUCUCGGGUAAAUAAAAAAUAAAAAAAUAAUAAAGUUAAAGCCUAAAGCUUCAGAA